CUCUUCCUGGUUUCCUUCCUUCUCUCGAUUUCUUUGUUUUUUAGAAAGCUCGAACUCUCCUCCUUCUUUCUCGGACGUCUCUGUUUCUUCUCCCUUGGUUUCUAUUUUUUCUGCUUAUGGAUGACAGUCUCUGUUUUUUUCGAGCUCUCUCUUCUCCGUCCGUCUCCUCAGCUUGCCAGAAUGGCUCCUUCUCUUUUAGUCCCUGUUUCACGUCCUUCGGUCCUCUCCUUCUCAGUUUCCUCCAGCCAGAACAGCUCCUUCUCCCUCUUAGCUUUUCCAGAAAAAAGAAGCUCCUCCGUCACCUCCUCUCUUGUCUCUGUUUUUUUUUGAACUCUCCUCGGUCUCCUUUUCCUCUCCUCUUAUGUUCUUUCGUGCUCUAUUUUCUGCAUUUUUGUCCUUGUUUCUUCUAUCUUUUUCUCCAGCAAGUCAGUUCCUUCCUCCUCAGCCUCUUUCUCACGUCUUUCGGUCUAUCUUUCUCUGUUUCCAUGUUCUUCGAUCCUCUCUUCCCAGUCACCGUCCUCAGGUUUUUUUUCUUCUUUUCUUGCUCUCUUUUUCAACGUUUUCGUCCCCCCUCCUCUCUCCUAGUAUGAACAUCCUUUUAUACUCUCAGUCUUUCCCUCUUGGCUUCCUCUCUCUCUCCUUUUCUGCUGCUCUUUCUCUGCUAUGUUUCUCUAGCGUCUUUCCCGUGCAUGGGUGGCUGCAUUUUGCUUUUUUCUGCUACUGUCUUUGUGUGUGCUCGCUGCUCUGUCUCCUUUUGUAUUCGUGUGCACUUUUUCUGUUUUCUUUUCGUGUGCUGUAACGUGCAUAUCUGAUUUUACGUCUCUGGCUCUGUUUUUUCUUUCUGCUGGCAAAAAAGUGUAUGUAUAUGUGUUCUGGUUGCUUGCUGCGUUUUUUUUCUGUGAAGCUCUUUUCUGCAACCUGUGUUUUUGUGUUUCUGCUUCUUCUGUAUUUUGCUCAUGUGUGCUUGGUGCUUUCGGCGUUUAUAGCUCAGGUUGCUUCAUCCCUUUGUGCUGACUAUGUUCGUGUGUUUCGUGUAUGUGCGAGAUUGCUUUGUGCUCUCUGCUGUUCUUGCUUUCUUUUUGAUCUGUUUAUGUCUAACCGAGAGUGGAGAGAUUUUGGAUUAUUAUAUAUAUUUUUUUGUCUUUUUUUUAACUAAAAGAAUUAAAAUCCUAGUCAAUAAAAAAUUAUCUAAAAUAAAAUUAAAUCCUAUCAAUUAAAUUAAAUUUUUUUUAAAACAUAAUCCUAAAAAAGAUUAAAUUUUAUUUUUAUAUUUUUAUAUUUUUUAGUUAUUUAUUAUUAUUAUUUUAUUAAAUUUAAAAUGUCCGGACAAAAUACGGUGUUCACAAUUAUUAUAUUAUUUUAUUUAUUAAAAACCAUCUUACAUUUUUAAUCAUAUCCUUACUUAUUAAAUAAAAAUGAGUGACGAUUUGUGAAAAUACUUUUUUCCAAUUUAAAGGAUAAAAUUGAAAUAAAAGAGUAAUGCAUUAAUAUAGUUGUCACUGACUGAUUUUAGACGGCAGAUGAAUAUCUGAUAAUCAAAUGAUGCUUGCGGGAAUUCAUUUUAACUUUUAGAAGUCAACGAGUUAUGGUCUCUUUCUCUAUUUAUCAGUAUACCCUCCGUAGCUAAUUAGCUCCAUCAUCUGAUAUCUCCCACGGCCUCUCAAGAUAUUCGACUACAAUUGCUUGCUUUCACUGAGAAAAAAUGGCAGAACAAAUUCCUUAUGGUGUAAUUGUGAAUCUCAUUGGCAGGUUGAGUUCAUCAGCCUUCAGAGAGAUUUCAAGGAUUUAUGGCGUCAAGAGUGAGAUACAGAGACUUCAAGACACUGUUGGAACUGUUGAAGCUGUGCUUGUUGAUGCUGAGCAAAGGCAGCAGAACGACAAGCUUGUCAAGCUGUGGAUAAGGAGGCUCAAACAAGUUCUCUACAAAGCAGACGAUUUGCUUGAUGAACUCUAUACUGAAGAUUUGUUGCUCAAAAGAGAUGGAAAAGGAAAGAUGUUGUUACAAAGUUAAUCAACUUGCGUCAUCUUCACAUUGAAAACUGUUAUGCCUUUAGAAAUGGGAUGCCAAUUGGCUUGGGCAGAUUAACAACUUUGCAAAGUUUAU